AGAAGUGAGCACGAUUACAGUUUUAACUUCUCUUCCUAGCAAAUUACGAUCACAAUUCUUUCCAGGCUUCUUUUUCGGUCUUCCUGCUUCCUUGGAGCUAGGGUAACAGUUUUUGUGUCUUCCAUUACACGCUUCAGCAUUGUCACAACGACAAUGAGCAGUGUAAAGAAACCUUUUCAACGACUUCCCACAAGCGUGCUGCCAAAGAACUACAAACUGACUUUGCAGCCAAAUCUUACAGAAUUUACCUUUACUGGAGAAGAAGUUAUCGAUGUGGAGGUAAAACAAGAAACCGACAAAGUGAUUAUCAACUGUCUUGAUGUAAAUGUUACCUCAGCCAGUUUUUGUUUUGGAGAACAAAGUUACCCUUCCUCAAAUAUCUCUCAUUGUGUUGAGGAUGAAACAGUGGAAAUAAGUUUUGCAUCACCUCUUCCUUUGGGGCAAGGUGAACUAUGCUUGGACUUCACUGGAGAAUUGAACAACAAAUUGAAAGGAUUUUACAGAUGUAAAUAUACUGGGGAGGAUGGCAGUGAGAAGUUCUGUGCUGUCACUCAUUUUGAGCCAACAGGGGCUCGUAGAGCAUUUCCUUGUUGGGAUGAACCAGCCAUUCGUGCCACUUUUGAUAUCACCUUGAUUGUUCCAAAGGACAGAGUGGCUUUAUCCAAUAUGAACGUAAAAGAGGAGAAAGAUCAUGCCAAGGAUACCUCCCUUAAAGUAGUGAAGUAUGCAAGGACACCAGUCAUGUCUACAUACCUUGUUGCUUUUGUUGUUGGCGAGUUUGAUUUUGUAGAAGGAAGAGAUGCAAAUGGGGUAACAAUCAGAGUUUAUACUCCAAAGGGAAGAGAAGUUCGGGGACAGUUUGCUUUAGAGGUCGCUAAAAAGUGCCUGCCAUUUUACAAAGAAUAUUUUGGGAUUGGUUACCUUUUACCAAAGCUUGACCUCAUUGCUAUUCAAGACUUUGUCAUAGGGGCUAUGGAAAACUGGGGUCUUGUCACCUACAGGGAAACCUUUAUAAACAUGUACAUGUAUGUAUAUCUCUUGGUUGCUAAAAAGUGCCUGCCAUUUUACAAAGAUUAUUUUGGGAUUGGUUACCUUUUACCAAAGCUUGACCUUAUUGCUAUUCAAGACUUUGUCAUAGCCUCCAUAUCCAUAUUCUGUAACAGGGGCUAUGGAAAACUGGGGUCUUGUCACCUACAGUAUGUGGGUGAUCAGGACUUUAGGAAAGGUCUAAAUCACUACCUGAAGACGUUCGAGUACAGUGCUGCCUCCACAGAGGACCUCUGGGCCAGCCUGUCUCACGCCAGUUCGAAGCCUGUUGCAGACGUUAUGGAAACAUGGACCAAACAAAUGGGAUAUCCUGUGUUGUCUGUUACCGCUGAACAGAAAGGGGAAGAUGUGGUGGUCACCAUAACACAGAACAAAUUUUCGGCUGAUGGAACAACUGAAGAUUCUUCCCAAUGGAAAGUACCGAUUGCUGUUUGCACUAGUACCAGUCCCUCAGCCCCGGCAAUUGAAACGUUGUCAGAAAAUAAAACCUGUGAAAUAACAGUCAGUGGAGUUGGAAAAGAUCAGUGGAUUAAGUUAAAUCCAGGCCAAGUUGGUUUCUACCGAGUACAGUACUCGUCCGACAUGUUGGAGCUUCUCCUGCCAGCCAUAAAGGACAACAGUCUUCCACCAAGGGACAGAUUGGGUUUGCAGAGUGAUCUGUUUGCUCUGGCGCAAGCGGGCCUCACAUCCACAACAGAAUUCCUAAAAUUAGCUGAACAAUUUGGCAACGAAACAAACUAUACAGUGUGGAAUGACCUAACAACGAAUAUGAGCAGCUUGUCGAAGCUGUUGCAAAACACUGGGUUCUACUCUAGCUUCCAGGCCUUCUGUGUGAAGCUGUACGAAAACAUUGCCCAGAAAGUUGGAUGGGACCCUAAAGCUGGAGAAGGUCAUUUGGAUGCGUUGCUGAGGGGCCUGGUGCUGGGCUGUAUGGGACGCAGUGGUGAUCAAGCAACCCUCACCGAGGCGCGCAAGAGAUUUGAAGCGCACUGCAAAGGUGAAUCCACCAUCUCGGCAGACUUGAGGUCAGCGGUUUAUAGCACAGUUCUUAAGCAUGGUGAUGAUAACACCUUAGAGUCUGUGAUGAAUCUUUUUAAAGAAGCUGAUUUGCAUGAAGAGAAAGUCCGAUUGAUGAGAUGUAUGGGAGCUGUAUCACAACCUGAUUUGAUCAAGAAAGUCCUGGAGUUCUCAAUGUCGAGUGAUGUUCGAUCACAGGAUACUGUUUACGUUAUCGCUGGUGUAACCGGCAGUUUAGCAGGGCGUGAACUCGCGUGGCGGUUUGUCGAAGACAAUUGGGACGAGCUGUACACCCGUUAUGCUGGAGGACUGUUAUUCUCUCGUCUCAUAAAGAUGACCACAGAUUCGUUUGCAACUGAAAAGAGCCUCAAGGAAAUAAAGGUAAAGGGAAAAAUGUUUGGGUGA